CCCGGGUCGCGGUCACGCGGGCGGCCCCGCCCCGGAAGUGCCGGGCCCAACCAUCCCGGCCGGGAGGGGCGGACACGGUGACCGUUAGGGCGCCGGUGCCCGGUCGAGGCUCGGAGCGAGGCCGUGACGAGGCGCUCGAGGCGGGGAGCGGCCGUCGCCGGCGAGAGCGGGGGGCCCCCAAGGACGGCAGCCGGUCGGGGUCACCCGAGCGGGUCAUGCAGGCGCUGAGGAACGCGGGCGCCCGCGCGGCAAGCCGGCUCGCUGCCGCCACCCGCUCCCUGCACGGCUCGCAGGACUCCGCGGCCCCGGAGCUCAUCGCAGACACGCCUGCGGACUCCAGCCGCGGCAGCUUCAGCAUCUACCCGCCGGUGCCCGGGCAAGAGAGCCCGCUGCGGUGGGCGGGCAGGAAGUUCGAGGAGAUCCCCAUCGCACACAUCAAGGCCUCCCACAACAACACACAGAUCCAGGUGGUCUCCGCCGCCAACCAGCCCCUGGCCCGCACGUCCUGUGGCACCGAGGGCUUCCGGAAUGCCAAGAAGGGCACCGGCAUUGCAGCGCAGACAGCAGGCAUUGCGGCCGCAGCGAAAGCUCUUGGCAAGGGCGUGACCCACAUCCGAGUCGUGGUCAAGGGCCUGGGACCAGGGCGCUUGUCUGCCAUCAAGGGCCUGACUAUGGGGGGCCUGGAAGUGAUCUCCAUCACAGACAACACCCCCAUCCCGCACAAUGGCUGCCGCCCCCGGAAGGCACGGAGGCUAUGAGGCUCCGACACCCUAAAGCUUCCCCCGUGUGAGAAAUACAGAGCCCCCACCCGGGAAAUAAAGACUGCCACCCGC